AGAUCUACUCCGUGGCUGAGUGGGUCCUUCAUCAUGAUGGCCCCGGGGCGACCGGGGAAGAGCCUCCUCAACCCAGGUGUGCUGUUCCUCGUGGCGCUCGCGGCAUUCCACGGCUUCACGGUGUGUCGCGAUGCCUUCGUGGGGCCCAUGUCCGGUGUCGCCGGCCUUCCAACAGUUGGAUCCGCCCUGCGGGGCGCGAGAGCCAACACCUUAGACUUUGAGGAGCAGAACCAUGCAGGCCGACUGGUCUUCGGUGCUUCUGCACUGAUACUCCUUGCGAAAGCGGCCAGCAUGCAAAGGAGACCUCGCAGUCUUCGUACCGUCCUGCAGGCUGAGGCUGAGGGGAAGACGCCCUUGGAGGAUCUCAGUGUCGGUGAAGAGAGAAGUGGCACAGUGACCAGAGUGGCGAAGAUUGGCCUCUACAUCGAUAUUGGCGCGGAGAAGGAUGCCUUGCUUCCGCAAAACAUGGUUCCCAAGGAUAAGGAAUACAAAGCGGGAGAUGAGAUCACGGGGCUGAAGAUCUUCGAGGUCUCCACCGGCGACGACCCCGCCUCACGCAAGAUCAGGGUGACGCUUUCGGAGCUGCCUCAGUCCAAAGCGGUGGGUGACAAGGUGACGGGAAAGGUGCGCGCCGUCCAAACCUACGGCGUGUUCUUUGACAUUGGCCUCCCGAGGGAUGCCUUGGCACCUUCGGCGAGGCUCACGAAGAAACCCUCUGAUUAUAAGAGGGAUGAGGAGGUAGAGCUGGAAAUCGUGAGCAUCGACGGUGACAAGGUGACUGUGGGUGUGGUGGGCGUGGUCGUGAAAGCUCCAGCCCCUUCUUCCAGCUUCACGGUCGGCCAGACAGUCACAGGCACUGUGGCACGGGUCAACCAGCAGUACGGUGUUUUCUUCGACAUUGGCGGAGAACGAGAUGCCCUGUGCUUCACAGCCCAGCUAGAUGACGAGCUCUCCAACUACAAGGAGGGGCAGAAGGUCCAAGGCCUUCGUAUUGCAAAGAUUGAUGGUGAGAAGAUUGAAGUCACCACGCGGCCUUUGUCGUCCGAGGCCAAGGUGGGGCAGGAGGUCAAGGGGAUGGUGCUGACCAAGCUGCAGAACGGCGCGGGGAUCUUCUUCGACGCUGGAUUCAGCAGUGAUGUUUUGGCACCCGCACCACUCCUGAGCAAGAGCGCCGACGAGUACGCACCGCAGCAAGAAGUGGACUUAGUGAUCACGGAAGUCGACGGCGACCGCGUCACAGUGUCAGACAUGAACUUGGAGGACAUUCCCAAGAGGCUGAGCACCUACAUCCGUGGCCAAGAAGUCACUGGCAAGGUGAUCCGGGCCACGGAGUUCGGGGUUCUGGUGAACAUCGGCGCCGACAAGCCCGCCCUGUGGCGCUCACGGGGGCCUGGUGCUACGGUGCUGCCCAAGAAGCCGGAGGAGUUCACGGCAGGUGAAGAGGUCGAAGGCCUCAUCAUCACCCGGCUGGAUCCGAUGGCGGGCGUCGUUGAGGUCGUGAUCCCCGGGGCCCAAGUGGUGGAGACCGGUGUUUCGAUGAGCACUCUGAAGGUGGGUGACGAAGUGAAGGGCACAGUGACACGCUCCAUGGCCUUCGGUGUCUUCGUCGAUAUCGGGGCAGAGCGGGAUGCCCUUUAUGCUUUGAGCCAGUUGGAGAAGCCGCUGGAGUCCUACCAGCAGGGAAUGGUGCUCACAGGCCUUCGCAUCAGCGAGGUCAACCUCGAGAGCCAACGGCUGGGGGUGUCGAUGCGCCCCACUGCUGGAGAGUUCACUGUGGGCGACGAGGUCACGGGCAAGGUUUCCAAGUUGAUGCCUUUCGGCCUCUUCGUAGAUAUCGGAGCGUGCGUGGAUGCCUUGGCACCGGCCGCUCUCUUGGACAAAGAGCUGGCCGAGUACAGCGAGGGCGAGGUGCUGAAGCUCCGGAUCAGUCGGUUGAAUGCUGACGAGAACCGAAUUUCGGUGUCUCAAAAGGCUGGAGCAGAGGGCUCUGAGGCCACCAUCACCUUUGCGGAUUUGGUGGAAAACAAACAAAUCAAGGGGGUAAUUCGAGCAGUGCGGGACUACGGGGCCUUUGUUGACAUCGGCCUUGGCCGCGUCGAUGCUCUCAUGCCCAAUGCCAUGAUGGGCGAGCAGACGGGAGCUGCCUUCGCGGUGGGCCAGGAGCUUGAGGUCUGGGUGGUGCGGGUCGACGAGGAAGCGAACCGGGUCACCGUGAGUUCAGUGGAGCCCACUGCGGAGAUGCGUGCGCAACGCGGAGGGAGGAGAUCAAGAGGAUCUUCCCCCGACAGCUAUAUCCCCGAAGGCUUCAUGGUUCCGGACCCCAAGCGGCACGUGGAGAUCCUGGGUGGCCGAGAAGACUUGAUGGAUCUCGAACCCACGCCUUGGUACGAGUGGGCCGAGAAGUUCCCAGGCUUUGUGAAAUUCCAGGAAGAGGACCACAACAUCGUGCUCUCGGCCAAGGCCUUCGGUUUCCGUGGCCAUGUCGAGCUCGAACAUGCCCACCAGGCGGUGGUCCAAAUCCCCAAGCACUUGCAGAAGGCCGACGCGGUGAAACCCAGCCCUGCAGACCUGGUGCCGCCCAUUGAGGAUCUGAUGCCCAACUACGACUCGGGUAUCAAGCCUGAGAUCCACACCAAGUACCGUCAGCCGCCUCUCAACGACCCCAACUGGCGCUUCUCGCCCGUGAUCACCGAGAAGCGUACCCUCAUGAAGUGGCAGGACGUCGUGGAUCAAGCGGGGCCCUUCGUUCCAGAAGUGAAGCCCGGGAAGAAGGUCGCCCAAGAGGACGCUGGCGAUGGCGACUGAGAGUGGAGUUUCUCCGGCCGAUUCAGAGGCCCCGAACACCCCAAACACCAGGCAUUCAGAGACCGGGAAGAACA